CACACUGACGUGGAAAAAAUUAAUUUUAGCAGGUAAAAUCCCUCGCAAAGUCGCAAGUCGCAACGCAAGCAUAGCUACUCUCUCACUUCACUCUGGUGCGAUUAUCGCCGCUGCUUGAGUCCUGGAGUCGCAAUCCCUAGUUCAAUUAGCCUCCUGCAAGUGUUCAAGAGAUAGGAGAGAUGAACAAGAAAAAGAACCCUCUUGUAUUUUUUGAUGUGUCAAUUGAUGGAGAUCCUGUUGAAAGAAUUGCUAUUGAGCUUUUUGCCGAUGUUGUUCCCAAGACUGCAGAUAAUUUCCGGGCACUUUGUACAGGUGAAAAGGGCAAUGGCAAAACAACUGGCAAACCUCUCCACUAUAAAGGAUCCUUUUUCCAUCGAAUUAUUAGAGGAUUCAUGGCCCAAGGUGGUGACUUUUCAAAGGGAAAUGGCACUGGUGGAGAAAGUAUAUUUGGAGGGAAGUUUGCAGAUGAGAAUUUUAUACUGAAGCAUGAUGGACCAGGUCUUCUUUCUAUGGCAAAUAGUGGUCCAAACACAAAUGGUUCCCAAUUCUUCAUAACUUUUAAACGUCAGCCCCACCUGGAUGGGAAACAUGUUGUCUUUGGAAAGGUCAUAAAAGGAAUGGAUGUUGUGAAAAAAAUUGAACAGGUGGGAACAGGUGAUGGAAAACCCAUCCACCCUGUAAAAAUUGUAGAUUGUGGUGAAACCUCUGAAAAUAAAAUUCAGGAUGCUGUUGGAAAUGCAGGAAAGAAGAAGAAAUCAGGGAAGGCUCCUUCUGGUGAUAGUUCUGAUGGACAAACUAGAGGAAAGCAAAAAAAAUCCCUGAAGGAUAAAAGAAAGAAAAGAAAAAAGAGAUACUCAUCAUCUGAUUCAUACAGUUCUGACUACGAUUCAGAUUCUGGUACUGAUUCAGAUUCAGAAUCAGUUUCAGAUUCCUCACUAUCUGAUUCUGGUUCAUCUAGUGAUGGAAGGCGAGUUAGGAAGAGGAGGUCAGUAAAAAGAGAUAGACGCCUACGUGGGAGGAAACGAAGGGAUGGUCGGAGGGAGAGGAAGAGAGUCCGGCGUGAUAAGCGAUCAAAGCGCAAGUCUAAAUGGACUUCUGGAAGUUCUAGUGAUACAGAGAUUAGUAGUACCAGUAGCAGUUCUGAUGAUAAAGAAGCUGAUCAUUGUUUUUCUGCACGAAAAACCAAUAACUCAACUCUUGCUGAAAAGAAAUUGGAGAAUCUUGAUGUGAGGAAAAAAUCUCCAACUGAUCACUUAGGAAAAGAAGCUGACACUGGAAAGGAUCAUAAGCCAAAAACAACUGAGGCAAACAUGUCGAAUGAAGAAGGUGAAUUGUCGUCAAAGGAUGACGAGCAUGUAAACAAUCGGAAUGGCAUAGAUUCUAAAUUUGAGAGGGCUACUAAUCGCCAUACUUAUUCUGAUGACUCAAAUAAAUCAAGCAGUCCCAUUCGAAGCCCCAAAAGAAGGCCAAACAACAGCCAUAGGAGUAGUCGAAGUAUGAGUCCCAAAAAAGUUCCCCAAAGUACAAGAUUCAGGACCAACAGUAGAAGCCCUGCUAGGAAGUCUGGUGAGCCAAGCCAGGAAAGGUCUUCAAGGAGUCCAUUGGGCAACCUUGCCCUUAAAGCCCCUGAACCUUCUAACUCUGACCACAGAAAGGGUUUAUUGAGAAGCCCGUCUCCAAAUGGCACUCCCAAGCGCAUUAGAAAAGGGCGUGGCUUCACUGAACGUUAUUCCUUUGCACGUCGAUACCGUACUCCUUCUCCGGAGAAAUCACCUCGGAGGUCUUACCGAUAUGGUGGAAGAAAUUUUAAUGAAAGAAACCGUGAUAGCUUUAGAAGUUUCUCUGAGCGGUUAUCACACAGGCGCUACAGAAGCCCACCAAGAGGCAGAAGCCCCUCGAGAUACAGGAAUCGUAGAAGCCGAAGCAGGAGCAUUUCUCGUAGUCCUGGCAGUUAUCGUGGCCAUUACAAGGAUCAAAGCCGGAGCCAGAGUCCAAUUCGCAGUCCUAGUCCCAGAGACAAGCGACCUGCCAUAAGCAUGGGUCUGAAGUCUCGUCUGGGUGCCAGAAUUGAUGAUCAGCACUCUUUGGACAAAGGGAUAUUGAGGUCAAGGUCCAGUUCUAGGUCUAGGAGCCGUGGAUUCUCUCCUUCCAGAUCUCCUAAUGCUGUACCACCAAAGCAUCGCAGCAAGCCUGCCAGCAGGUCUAGAUCGAGCUCGCCCUCUGGACAGAGGGGUUUGGUUUCAUAUGGGGACCUCAGUCCUGAUUCAGGAACAAAGUAGCUUGGAGAGUAAUUUUGCUUGUGGAAAGUACACAAUUCUCCUCAAUACUCAAAUGAAAUUGGCCAGUAUUUUGAGUGAGCUUAUCCAUCUGAAUUACAUUGCAGUGUGAAUUGAACAGCGUGGACUUGUGUAUCAAUUUUCAUUAUGCAUUUACCAAUUCUAGUGUAUGACUGGAGAACAAGGCUGAUAAAUGAGAGUGAAGUGGUGGUAUGUUUCUUCAUA